AUUCUCGACAGCAGCAGUCAAGACAAACGCUUUAAAAAAUCAUCACAGAAAUUGCGUGGGAGGCCCCACAGUGCGAAUCUGAUAUUGCUUUUGUCUGAGAAAACAACGAACUCAAGAAUCAUUGUGUGAUAGACAGUCCCAUCUUUUUCUAGCAUAUUCCUAUUCAUGAGAAAAUUCAUGUGUCAAUGAAAUUUUCUUCAAAAAGUUCCCUCCGUGACAAUGACCUCCACAGCUCCGGGUCGGAGUUAUCGGUCAUUGCCGUGACCAGGAUUCGAACCUGGGUUACUACGGCCACAACGUAGGGUCCUAACCACUAGACGAUCACGGCUAUUGGGAGCGCUGAUACAGUCAACAAAAUUACUCAACUACCUAAGUGAUAUGACAGCAUCUAACGAUGAAAUCCAUUCGACGUGCGCGGUGAAAAUACAGCUCGCUGACAUUCUUCAGUAUGUCGCAGGAGGAAGCAGGCUUAUAAUCGAAGGUGAACGGGUAUUCAAAGCCAACCAUCUGCUUCUCGUGGGAGUUCAAACUGUGCAUGCGGACGGCCUAUCCGUGUUUGCAACUUGCUUGAAAUCAUCUUCACCCAAGUCAGACCCACACAAAAUUUCUAUCCGGACCAGGCCGGUAUUUCAAAAUUGGUCCUUGCAUUGCUCAUGUAAGGCCGGGAUGGGAAAGUGUAAGCACGUCAUGGCUGUUUUAAACCACCUAUUAAUGUUUCCUUCGAUUCCUUUACUAACUACAACAGACGUGCAGCAGAAAUGGGGUAAAAUUGCCGAAAAAGUUGCUGCUGAUAUAUACAAGGCCACUAUGUUAACUUCAUUCUGCAAGAAGUCGAAGAUAACCGAAAAUCCGUCUCAAGCUCAUACUUCUAUGGCAUCGGCUGCUGCACCAAUGGAUUUAACUAGAGAAGAAAAGGCCAAUAUUCUCCAUAUUUUUGUAGAUAGUUAGAUAUUAAAGCAAUAAUCAAAA